AUGCAUCACAGACAAGAGUUUAACCAGGGACUGACAAAGUUUGAUCAAACUUUGGAUGCUGAGAAGAUUUACAUUCCCUAUGAGUCUGCAGAGAUGUGUAUUACUCAGGCGUUGUCUGCACAGAACAUUCAACUGCUAGAGGAACAAAAAGUUGAGAGAAGGAGGAGUAAAGAAGAGGCUUUACAGUGGCAGAAGGAAAAGAGCAAAAUGCUGGAAAUGUUUUCAAAUAGACUGGACAUGCUGCACAGCCACCAGGCUUCAAGUGAGUCUUUUAGUGUACAAUCAAUGUUUUUAUUAUUAUUUUUAUUAUUAUCAUUUUUUAUUUUUUUUGCUUACGUUUCACAGGCCUGCAAUGAGUCAAAUCCUCAGUUAGAGGGCGCCAAACUCCGCCUCGAGGAGUUAAGGGACAGUUUGUACAAAAGGGAGAGGGAAAUAACAGAGCUGCUGGAGUCUCAGAGUCCAAUUCCAUCUGUGCCUUUACCAGCAUGCACUGUCCUACUAUCUAGCGUCAUCCAAAAGGCUAAAGCUAUUUGUAGAGCCACAGAGGAAAGUAAAGCUCUUCUAGUCAAAAUGAUUGAAGAGAAUCAAGUUUUUUUGAAAGAGACCCAGGAAAAACUUGGCCAACUAGACACAGAGGGAGGAGACAAGGACCGAUCAGAAGAAUAUGAGUCACGGCUUAUUUUACUACAAGAAACUGUAAAAGAGUUAGAAGUUACUCAGCUGGCAUUGUUCUGUAUAAAAACAGGACAAGUUCCUGCUAUCAGUGAGUGUGAUGCCAUAUCUGAACUGGAGGACAUUUUGGGACAAGGGACAGUUCAAACCUUAGAGGGAGUCAAAGGUUUUGCUGAGAAGUUUAUUACUCUCCAGGAUGAGAUGAAACUAAUGAAAGAAGAAAAAAAGAAGCUAAUUGAAAACUACACAUCUGAAAGAACAUUGAGAAAGAAGUAUUACAAUACAGUGGAAGACCUGAAAGGUAAAAUCCGAGUGUUUUGCCGUAUCCGCCCUGUGAAUCAGACAGAGGCCGCUCAGGGCAGUGCUGCUGUUGUGGAGAAAAUAGAUGAUUAUUCAGUAAAUGUGGAGACCCCCAGGGGGCCCAGGGAGUUUCAGUUUGACCAGGUGUUUAGUGCUGAAGCCACUCAAGAGGACCUGUUUCAAGACGCAGGCCGGUUAAUCCAGUCUGCCAUUGAUGGCUACAACGUCUGUAUUUUUGCAUACGGCCAAACAGGCUCUGGAAAGACCUACACUAUGGUUGGUGACAAGGAAAGGAAGAACCCAGGAAUUAUGCCAAGAUCUUUCAAUGCUAUUUUUGAUAUAAUACAAGAAAACAACACCAAAUUCAACUUCAAGGUGUCUGCCUACAUGCUGGAGCUGUACAAUGACCGGUUGCAGGACCUCUUUGUGAGUGCGAGUGGAGAGGCUCAGAGCAAACGUGUAGAGAUCAAGAGGAACAGGAAAGGAGUGGUGUUCGCCCAGGGAGCAGAGACCAAGGAGGCGUCCAGUGCCCAGCAGCUCUGUGCUCUGUUUCAGCAGGCCUGUGCCAACAGACACAUUGCAGAAACCAAGAUGAAUGUAGAGAGCUCUCGGUCCCACCUUAUAGUUGGCAUCAAAGUUGAGAGCAAGAACUUGACCAAUGGGAGUAUCAGCACUGGAAAACUGAGCCUUGUAGAUCUGGCUGGAAGUGAGAGGGCUGCUAAGACAGGUGCAAAGGACCACAAGCUUAAGGAAGCUAACUCUAUAAACAAAUCUCUAAGUGCCUUGGGGGAUGUGAUCUCUGCCUUGUCCUCUGAACUUCCCCAUGUCCCCUACAGGAAUAGCAAACUUACACAGAUCAUGCAGGAUUCGCUUGGGGGUAAUGCCAAAACAUUGAUGAUUGUAAAUAUAUCACCAUCAGAAUACAACCUUGAUGAGACACUUACUUCACUCAUCUAUGCAACAAGGGUGAAAGCCAUCACCAACAAUGCUCAGAGAUUUGUGGAUAGCAAAGAGAUAGCUCACUUGAAAGAGAUAAUCUCAAAACUUAAAGCUGGACAGACUGUGGAGGAGGAGGAUAUUUGAAGUUUCUGCAGUGAAGGUUUCAACAUAAAUAAUGCCCUUGACUUUUGCAAAUAAAGAAACAGUUCAUAAAGAGACAGUGAAUUGUAUGCAUACCUUCAUGGAGGUUCUGUGCCUUUUAGCCUUAACUUCUUGCAUCCUGUGUUUUAAUAGCUGA